AUGAGUAGCACGACGGUCACCGGUGAUGAUUCCGAUUCGUACACCACCGACAGCACCGGAAAAUCCGAUGGCGGCAUAAGCUAUGUCCUUGGACUCACCUUAUUCUUCAUCCUAAUUAUAAUCAUUAUCUCUUACGUUUCUUACAAGUGCACCCGUAGCACAAACUCUCAAUCGGUACCAGAGGGUGAUGACCACCAACUUAUGACGGUCUCUAUAGGCGUUGACGAAGAUGCACUCAUGGCUUUCCCAAAAUUCACUUACGCUGAGAAAAUGACGUCUAACAAAAGUGACUCUGUUGAUGAUGUCAAUGGCUCCGGUUGUUCUAUUUGUUUGGCGGAUUAUAAACCGGAAGAUGUUGUACGUUUGUUGCCGGAUUGUGACCACUUGUUUCAUUGCAAGUGUAUUGACACAUGGUUGAAGGUUCAUCCUACUUGUCCUGUGUGCCGCGACUCACCGUUGCCGAUCAAGCUAGAGAUUCUACGAAGUUGA